AUGGAUGUCAAGGCGGCCCCCAACGGGGUGGCCACCAUCGAGGACCGGAUCCUGCGGAUCACCGGCUACUAUGGCUAUUACCCGGGUUACUCCAGUCAGAAAAGUACCUCCAGAUCAUCAGUUACUCGAUGUAAACCGGGAGCCAACUGCCCCAGUUCACACAGUAGCAUCAGCAGACAACUGUCCCCUCUGUCUGUCACCGAAGAUUCUUCUGCUCCUAUUCUUGAACUUCAGAGUCGAGGAUCCUCUGGAGUUUGUGGACACAGAGCCGAGAGGCAGAACAGAUCAGGGGAUGAUGGAACACAGACUCAUCCUGAGAAUAGCAGCCAGGAAAACAGAAUCAAGGCUCGCUGCCUAUCCUGUACGUCUAUGGUUCUGAAGGCCAUCUGGGGACUUCUGAUCAUCCUGUCAGUGUCAUCAUCUUGGGUUGGAACCACACAGAUUGUAAAAAUUACUUAUAAGAACUUCUACUGUCCAUUUUUCAUGACUUGGUUUUCAACAAACUGGAACAUUAUGUUUUUCCCAGUCUAUUACUCUGGUCAUCUGGCCACUGCUCAAGAAAAGCAAUCUCCAAUGAAAAAAUUCAGGGAAUGCAGUCGAAUUUUUGGUGAAGAUGGUCUGACAUUGAAGCUCUUUCUUAAGAGAACUGCUCCCUUUUCUAUUCUAUGGACUUUGACUAAUUACCUGUAUUUACUGGCUUUAAAGAAGCUGACAGCCACAGAUGUCUCUGCUCUGUUCUGUUGUAACAAAGCCUUUGUCUUCUUGCUGUCGUGGAUCGUGCUGAAAGACAGGUUCAUGGGAGUGAGGAUAGUUGCCGCAAUAAUGGCAAUCACUGGCAUCGUCAUGAUGGCGUAUGCAGAUAAUUUCCAUGCUGAUUCCAUCAUAGGAGUAGCAUUUGCAGUGGGCUCGGCCUCGACAUCUGCACUGUAUAAGGUUUUGUUUAAGAUGUUUCUCGGAAGUGCCAACUUUGGUGAGGCAGCACACUUUGUCUCCACAUUGGGUUUCUUCAACUUAAUCUUCAUCUCCUUCACCCCCGUCAUCCUGUAUCUCACCAAGGUGGAGCACUGGUCCUCGUUUGCAGCUCUGCCGUGGGGCUGUCUCUGCGGGAUGGCAGGGCUCUGGCUGGCCUUCAACAUCCUGGUGAAUGUUGGUGUGGUGCUGACAUACCCAAUCCUCAUCUCCAUCGGAACAGUGCUCAGCGUUCCUGGAAAUGCAGCUGUGGAUCUCCUGAAGCAGGAGGUGAUAUUCAAUGUCGUCCGCCUGGCUGCUACCAUCAUCAUCUGCAUUGGGUUUCUGCUGAUGUUAUUGCCCGAGGAGUGGGAUGAAAUUACCCUGAGAUUCAUCAACAGCCUGAAGGAAAAGAAGAGUGAGGAGCAUGUGGAUGACAUCACUGAUCCCAGUGUCCACCUGAGAAGCAGAAACAGGGCCAUUGGGUCUGUGUCCAUACCACUGGCUUAG